AUAUUAUAAAUUUUUUAUAGACUUUAAAGAAUCAAAUAUGCCUGUUUCAAAAAAACAAAAAGCAGAUAAAGGAUAUAGUCCUGAAGAUAAUGGUCGCGCUUCCCGUAAAUCAAGUGAUAAAAAAGAAAAAGCCAAAGUUAAAGAUGAAACAAAGAAAUCUGAAGGAAAGAAAGAAUCAUCUCCAAGGUUACCAGUAACAGAAAAAGUUUUUCAGAGAGAUUUACAAACUGCUUUGGAGAGAUCAAAGCAGGAUGGGGAAGGGAAAGACGAAUCUAGUGAAGAAAGUAAUGAAGAAGAAGAAGAAAAAGUUUCAUCAGGUCCUAAAUAUGAUGUUAAAAGAGGAAACCAUACUAACAAGAGUGAUAAAAUUCAAUUGGAGAAAACAUAUUUCAGGAGAAUCUCCCCAAUCAAUGCAGUACUAAGAAAAAUAUUAAUAAAAUUUCUUUUUAACUAAGAUUUACCCUUUAGAGUUAUUCAUAUUAUUGAAAAUUAUAUGUUUUGUUAUACUAAGGAUGUCUAAAAUAUUUCUUAGGCAUCAUCAGUAUAAUAAUAGGUGUUUUAAAUCAAAUGAAUAAUCCUUACUUACAGAAAUAAUCCUUAUUUACUUUAUUUUUUGAAAGCCAGCUUUAGCUGAAGAGUAAAUCUUGAAGUUAAUUUAAGUUUUUAGCACAAACUCUUUUAAAAUACCAAAUAAAUAUUAUAUUUUACAUAUGUAAUAUCUUAUUACUCAACAGUCUAAAAAAUUUGAACUUGAAAAAUGUUAUCACCUGAAAUCUUUAAAUGAAUAAUUGUGUUUUGAUAUUAAUUUAGCAUAUUAUUGAAUAGUUUUGUAAAUAAUAUUUUAUCUUUAUCAAUAAAUGAUAUUGUAUAAAUUUUUCCAAUGUAUUUUAGAUUUAUUGAAAAAAGUACAGUAGAAUAUUGUUUUAUAUGGGAUUGAUAUAUAUGCAGAUUUGUUUUCAUGAUGGCAAAUAAGUAACAUUGAAUACUGCAAUCAAUGAUCAGAAUAAUUCUGAUCAUUGAUGCACAACUUGACUAGUGUUUUUAAGAAAUUUGUUGUGGAGCAAAAGUAAAUAAUACAAAAAUUAGAAGCAAUUUUCUAGUCUACCUUUAAGCAAAAAUUAAGAUGAAAUUAACACAGAAUGUUCUAAAAUUAACAUGGAGAAAGCAAGAAAAAUGAUCUGUAUGUACUGUACAGUAUGCAAGUUGUAUAAAAUACUAUGUAACUAAAUUUUUACUACAUAACAAUAACAAAAUCACAACGGAGGGUGGUGGUCUUUAUUUCUUUGUUCAAUUGCUAGUGGUUGCAUAAAUAUCUAGGGAAUUAUUUGUAACUAUUUGGGACAAAGCCCAAGUUUAUAUAGAAUUUCAUUUUACACUGUACCUGCUGAUAUGUAAACCCCAUGUAAAACAAGACCAUACUCUAUUUACUUAUUGUUUACACAAUAAGGAAUAAUAAAUAGAUUGUUUUUAUAUUAUUUAAGAUUGAAGACAAUCUCAAAACAAUCAUCUUUUUAAUUCACUUUCAUGUUUGAGGAUUUGUUUUUUAAUGAUCCCAUUUUUUUCUAUUAUG